AUGCCCCCUAAGAGGGAUCGUCAAGGCGACUUCAAGGGAGGGCCGCGGGGUGGACCGAGACAGCAGCAGCAGCCAAAAGAGGUUGUGCGCAAUGCCUACACGCCAAUGUUUGAGCAGUUCCGCGACGAGUUGGAUAGGCACCACGACCGUCGGGAGCGCAUUGUCAAGGCGUCGAGGGACAUUACUGCGCUGAGUAAGAAGAUAGUUCGCAAGAUCCAUGCCGACCUGCCGCCAGACGUCGAUAGGGAGGUGCAGAGCCGCCUGGCAGAGAUCGCACGCCUGUUCGACUCCAUCGUCGGCGACGUCCAGGGCAUGAACCGAUACCGGUACUCGCGGCAGAUGGCGUGCGUCGAGGAGCUCGUCGAGGCCCUCACCUUUGCUUACUACCUGCGCAACCAGCGUUUGAUGAGCCACAAAGAAGUCCUCGAGUCCGUUGCGGGCCUUUGCCGGUCCGCCGCCGAGGAGAAGAAGCGCAUUGCGGAGGAGGGUGGCGACACGGCCAUGACGGAUGCUUCUGCCUCUGCCUCUGCCGGUGGCGACGAGCAGAAGAUUGCGGAGGAGCCUUUGGUUGUGGAUGUGACGCAGGACGACUUCAUCGGCGGCGUCUUUGAUCUCUCGGGCGAGAUGAUGCGGUUUGCGACCACCACGGCAGCCAUCAACGGGGAGUUGGCGGCCGCGGCUGUUGCACCGUCUCCGGACGACGUCGACGCGCCAAGAUACCCGCGCACCAUCCUGACGGAUAUGCAGGAGCUUGGAACCAUGUUUGAGUUGCUGCCACAGCAGCACGGAAAGUCAUACCAGAUGAAGCUCGAGACGAUCAGGCAGAGCGUGCUCAAGGUGGAAAAGCUCGGAUACGGACUCCGGGUGCGGGGGAGUGAGAGGCCAAAGGGCUGGAUGCCAGACAUGGCGGAUGACCUUGGAGCAGGCGAGGACGAUUGA